AUGCCUAAAUGGAAGAUUUUCCUUUGGAAACUUUACCACAAUGGGAUAGCGACAUCUGCUAAUCUAUCCUCCCGGGGUCUUGCAAUAUCUGAUACUUGUCCACAGUGUAACAUGGCUCCCGAAACAUCCCAACACAUUUUCAGGAGAUGUCACUUGGCUACCAUUUUAUGGCAAUCAGGCCAACUGGGUAUUCAGUCAAAUUCAAAUCUUGAUGUUGAUUUCCAAGACUGGCUUAUUGCCUGGGUCCAUUAUUUCUACCAACAAGAUGGCUAUCAUGGUGAUAGGCUGCCGAUAUUUGUGGCCACCUUAUGGGGCAUUUGGCAGGGUAGGAAUAAGUAUGUGUUCAACGGAGUAAUUCAGGACUUGGCAUGUAUUCGCUCUCUAGUAAAUCAAGGUAUUCAGCAGCACUUCACGUAUUUGGCUCAACCGAUAUCCAAAGUCCAUGCUUGGUCUGCUGACUCAGGACCUCCAGGGUUCCUUUUCGCUCAUUUUGGAGCAUCGUUCUGCGGUAGUCCACAAGCAUAUAUCCAAGUGGAUGGUUCUUGGACUCCAACUUCUACUUCGGCAGGUAUUGCAUGGGUAGUUGACCAUAUUUCAAGCCACAUUCGGGAAGGUCAAGGCAGUUGCAUUAUCGCUCCUUCGGCUCUAUCUGCGGAAGCCAAAGCUUGUUUGGAAGCUUUGAUUUGGGCUCAAGGACAUGGCCUUCGUCACAUCAUGGUUUAUACGGACUGUGAACAGCUGGUCCAGGGUUUAAGGCAUCAAGGAUCCCAACCAAAUUCAAUUGCUUGGACCUUGGACGACAUUCGAACCAUUGGACAACAGUUUCAAUGGUGUAGGAUUACAAAGGUUUCUCGUCUACUAGUUCAGCAGGCUCAUGAGCUGGCUACUCAUAUGCGGAAAGACAAAAUUCCGUUUCAGGCUUUUUAG